GCUUGCCCCAAUCUUUUCACGCCAUUCUCAUCGCACUCUCCUCCUGAAGCGCUCAUUCAAGAAACGUCCGUGCAGUGGAUACGCUAUCGUCAGCAAUAAUAUUGUGCACAUUCCCAGACAGAUAUCCUUAGUACUUGCCACACUAUGCCAGCCCCUCCUCCACCUCCUCCGCCAGGUCCACCUCCCCCACCCGUUGCGACUUCAGCUCCGCCAGCAAACACUGCACUCUUAAAGUCUAUCCAGAAAGGAGCCAAACUGAAAAAAGUGCAAACCAAUGACCGCAGUGGUCCUCUUUUGGAUGCUCCGAAACCAGGUCCGGGAGCAGGAGGAGGCAGAUCUCCGCCAAUGCCCCGACCACCAGGCGCUGGUGCAGGAUCUGGCAGUGGUGGCGGUGGUGGUGGAGCUCCUAUGGGAGGUCCAGCAGGACUUGGUGGUUUAUUUGCAGGAGGAAUGCCAAAGCUGAGAUCAACCGGAUUGAAACCUGGAAGCGCAGAUUCCGCUCCCGAACCUAGACCAAUACCACCCAAGCCAAAAUCUGGACCUUCUUCCCCUACACUACCUGGAGCAUUCGGCAGACCUCCAGCUCCUGCGGCGCGCGGCACACCGCCGCCUGCACCGGCAAGAGCAACUCCUCCGCCAGCCCCUGCCCGAUCAGCCGCCCCACCUCCAGCACCUCCGCGAUCGUCUGAACCAACUUCGCCACCUAUGCCGCGGGCUGUUCCACCUCCGGUGCCAGGACGAACCCCUCCACCUCCGGUGCCGAAUCGCAGUGCCGCUACGCCAACGCCUCAACCACUUGCACCUGCGUCUAGGGUCAGUACAUUUCCCAAAACCAAUGCGGCCCCCGGGAGACCUGCUCCUCCACCUCCCCCUGGCGGGGGAUCGACGAGGGCCCCGCCUCCACCGCCGCCGUCUCGUACCAAUGUGAAGGACAUGUUUGAAAGACCGCCUGCUCCACCAGCACCUGGAAAUCGCCCAAUACCGCCACCUCCGUCAGGUGGCCUUCGGUCGUCAAAUACCUUAGGAGCUUCGGGCUUUGCCGCAGCACGUAAUGGUCCCAUAAAGCCCUCAUUUUCAGCUAGUAGUAUCUCAAGCUUGGACCGUAGGGCCAGUACGACAAGUUCAGGUCCACAGUAUGAGACCGAUGGGCGUUGGACCUUCCGUACAGAUUUGCCGCCACCUCGGCACUUUCCCUCUGGUGCUUCCCAAGAUUCUACUUCCAAUGGGUUCGGGGGAAGCGUCGGUGUGUCGAGCCCGGGUCUUGGUAAGCGUCCGCCUCCACCUCCCCCAGCUAGGAGGUUCAGUGCUGCCCCGCCGCCUCCACCCUCAAGGAGCCGUGAAGGCUCUGUUGGGCAGACUGCGGAUGUAACACGCUAUGUUGAUGACAUGGUGCCGAGACUCGAACAAGAGCUGGCACGCUCCAUCGCCAACGCCGAUUUCAUGAAAUGUCAAAAGUUAAAAGACGCCACGGAUCAAUUAAAUAGUCUGAGGACAAAAGCGCAAGGUGGAACCGCCCCGGUUCUUAUUAUGGACGAGUUCCGCCGAGUGAAAAGUGUUGCGGAAGCGUUGGUGUGAUCGAAUCUCGAUGAUUUUGGCUUGGGAUGGGUAAUGAUUGUUAUCUGCGUGGAAUAAUAUAUCUAUCGAAGGUUGUAUGAUCGUAUGAUACGGCGUUACCAAAUUGCAUGAUUGAACAACUGCCAUCAUAAAAAGAAGCCCAUUGUACAUAUACGACCAGCAAUUCAUUGUCGCAUUGAUCACGGGUUCGUUAGGGUUAGGCUAGGAUGGCGGUCGGGGUUGUGAUCGGGGUUGGAAUUUAGAGUUAACCAUAACAUUCUUGUACAACUUAGGAAGGUAUUUUACAUUUUUGCCUUCAUAACUAUUUGGAUGGCUUUCGGUCCCAAUGCUGUCCUCUUUCC